GAAACUUCGAAGAGCCAAAUCGCGUUUUGAAUUUACAUCGGCGGCGAAGAAAUGCGAUCAUUAGAAGAGCUAUCUCCGACGGAAAACCUAGAAAUCGAGAACGGCCUCGCUCUCGUCGCACGCGUCAAGCUCUGUCUCACAAUCCACCCUCUUGUACCUUCCGUAUCGAAGCCCAUCGACGAAUGGCAACUCAAGCGAUCUUUAAUAGAUUUCCUCAAGAAGUCAAUCUUCCCCUCCGUGACGGUCCCGGAGGAAGAUAUCGUUGUUCGGCGUCACAAGGACUUGAAGAAACGGAAGCGUGAAGAGCCAGUCGCUCAUGGGUCGCUGUUUAUCCGCGAUUUAGGGUUUCUGGAAGGUAGGAAGAGGAAGAAGCAGGAUGAUGACAAUGAUGGAGAGAGAGAUGUGAAGGUUUUGGAGAAGAAGUUUAUUGAUUGGAGGAAAGUUUUGGUGGAGAAGAUGAAUGGUAUUGAGCUUAAUUUGGAAGGAGUGAAGUAUAAUCUCACUGUUGUGCUUCCGGUUUCUGAUGAUUUCGAGAGGUUGAAGAAGGAUUGGGAGGAAUAUUACGCUUUUGGACAUCCAAGGGAAGGAAGGCGAGAAGCUGAUACGAUAGUACUGAGGGGUGUGCCAUCAAGAUGGUUUGCAGAGCCAAGAGUUUCAUCGAAACCUUCGAUGUUGGUUACUCAUACAAUCUUCUCCACCUUUGGGAAAAUUAAGAAUCUUAAUGUUGCUGAGGACGAUGAUCUAGGUAAGGACGCUGAUGAGGACAGUGGAGACCUCGCGUCAGGUCUCCAUUGUAAGAUCGUGGUUCAGUUCGAGAAGUACAAUGACUUCGUGAAUGCCAUGAAGGCUUUCUGUGGUCGCUCAAUGCAAAAGGAAGGUACUCGGCUAAAGGCAGACUAUGAACUAACAUGGGACAAGGUUGGGUUCUUCAGGAACUCAAGGAAGGCGUUGGAUCACAGAGAUGGAGGAUACAAAAACGAUGCUAUUGGAUACAAUACAGAUGAUUUACGCCGAAAGAGAUUCAGGGAGUAAAACACCGAGAUGAGAUCUAUAUGAACUUUGGUGGAUUUGUAAUAAGAUGAUCUUUUGAAGAUGUCUAAGUUCAGGAUCUGAUUCUUGUUCUUGUGCCGAAUCAUUCUUCUUUUAUUUAUGGUAAAAGAAUCAAUCGUUUUUUU